CUGCUUUUUUUUUUUUUUUUCCUAAGAGGAUAUAUACAGGCCCAUCAUUCCUACAGAAAAAUCAGAAAAUAAUACAAGGUAGUUUAUACUAAACUUCUACCCACCAGCACACACAGACCAGGCCUCUAACCACUCCAUGGGAGCCUGCGUGGCAGCAGCCUGGAACCCAGAGCCUUUCCUGGAGCCGGCACAAUCCGGACUGAAGCCGAUGUCUUACAGAGAGACCGAAGUGCAAUCCAGCCAGGACGCAGCUGCAUUUUGAGAGGCCUGAAUGCCUCCGCGUCCACCAGGGGACCGCUGGGACUAAUUCUCUUGGCAAACUUGUGGCCAGCCAAAACUACCAUGCUCCACAUCCCCGUUAUCCUUGGUUACCGCCCAAGAUUGGCUCACAGAAGAGAUGAAAUGUGGUCUGAGGGACGACAUGACUAUGAAAGGCUUCCAAGAGAACGAGCACCUCCUCGAAAUCACCCUAGUGAUGGCUACCAUAGAGUAGUUAAUAUUGUGACAAAGAAACCACCACUGCUAGACAGACCGGUUGAAGGAAGCUACAAUAGAUAUUACAGUCAUGUUGAUUACCGAGACUAUGACGAGGGCCGCAGUUUUUCUCAUGAUCGAAGAAGUGGUCCACCUCACAGAGGAGAUGAAUCUAACUAUAAGUGGACAAGAGAUGAUCAUUCUGGAAGUCGUCAGCCUGAAUACAGGGACAUGAGAGAUGGCUUUAGAAGAAAAAGUUUCCAUACUUCCCAUUAUGUGAGGGACCGGUCUCCUCAUAAAAGAGAAACUCCGUUUUUAAGAGAAUCACCUGUUGGCAGAAAGGACUCUCCACACAGCAGAUCUGGCUCCAGUGUCAGUAGUAGAAGCUACUCUCCAGAAAGAAGCAAAACUUACUCUUUCCAUCAGUCUCAACAUAGAAAAUCCGUGCGUGCAGCUGCUUCCUACAAACGGCAGAAUGAAGGAAAGCCAGAAAGAGAUAAAGAGAGACCUGUUCAGUCUUUGAAAACAUCAAGAGACACUUCACCCUCAAGUUCUUCAACAGUUCCUUCAUCAAAGGUGUUAGACAAACCCAGUAAGCUAACUCAAAAGGAACUUGCUGAGGCUGCAAGCAAGUGGGCUGCUGAAAAGCUAGAGAAGGCAGAUGAAAGUAACUUACCUGAAAUUUCUGAGUAUGAGGCAGGAUCCACAGCACCAUUGUUCAUUGACCAGUCAGAAGAACCUGAGUCAAAUGCAGCAGAUGGCAUAGAGUUAUUUGAAGACAGUCAGCUAAACAGCCGCUCCAAAGCAAUAGCAUCAAAAACCAAAGAGAUUGAACAGGUUUACCGACAAGACUGUGAAACUUUUGGGAUGGUUGUGAAAAUGCUGAUUGAAAAAGAUCCUUCAUUAGAAAAGUCCAUACAGUUUGCAUUGAGACAGAAUUUACAUGAAAUAGGUGAGCGGUGUGUGGAAGAACUCAAGCAUUUCAUUGCAGAGUAUGACACCUCUAGUCAAGACUUUGGAGAGCCUUUUUAAAAAUUUACUUGCUCAGGCCAAAAAAAAAAAAAAAGGUACUAGAUAGUCCCCAUCCCCCACUGGAUUGUGUAAAUCCUUAAAAUACGGAUUUUUUUUUUUUUUUUGAUGAAGAGAAAUACUUUAUGAUAGUUGACCACAAUUCCAAUAUCAAAUAAACAUCUAAAAUAGUCUUAAGAUAUUUUAAUUAGAAUUUGUUUUAUCUAUGUGUAGAGCCUUCUAAUUAAUUACUUACCUUUCCCCCCCUCUAAAAUGAUGGGUCAAGUAAUGUUUCAAGUCCUGGAGAACAGCUUUCUGUACUUACUCAUGUGCUAUCGUCUUCCAUAGUAUGUGAUCAUUUGUUUGGUCACACUAGUGUAAUUUUUAGAGAUCAUUCCACUUAAACAUUUAUAAGAUUUUUGCAUUUCAUAGUCAUUGAUACCAUGUGAAAAUGUAAGAAUUCUAAGUUGUGAUCUUAUUGACUUGUUGCUUGCUUAUCUUAGGCUUUGUAAGUUUUAAUAUGUUUAAGUAUAAGAUCCAAAUAAACUGAAUACCUUGGUAUCUUAGAGAAUAUUUGCUUUGAGUAUAAAUUCUCAUUGCGGUAACUAGAGCACUUAAAUCUCUUAAAAGACACCUCACAAUAAAAUCCUGUUUUCUAAGUAAAUGAACCUAAAUUAAUGUGUUCUAUUAAAAUAAUCCUGAAUUGUGUGUGUCUUAGACAACAUCAUAUAUAGGUAAUUUGAGAUUAAAGAUGAGGGCCAUUUUAAAGCUGAAAUUUCUUUUAAAAUUUCUAAUUGAAAGAAAAAAAUUUAGAAUUUGAGGGAGUAGUAGAGCUACAUUUUUUUCCCAUUGGCCCAUAUUCCCUAUCUCAAGAAAGAAGACCGAUAACAUAUCCAUGAUUAAACUAUUUACCAAUUAUGCCUUUGUUAAUCUCUUUGUAUUCUAAAAAAUUCUUUGUUUUGCUGCUUUUCUAAGGGGUUCUUAGCCCUUCAAAAGUGUUCUUGGAGGAAACAAAGCAGAGUAGGUAAUAAGCCUCGAACAAUGACCUUUCACCAAGCAGUCUGUGUAAACCAUCCUUUAUGAGUUAGCCAUCCAAAUAACAGGUUAGUUAGGAAUCUAACUGGGACGAUUAGGAUAUUCCACUCAUUUCCUGAUCACUUCCAGCUGUCCAGUGGCAUUUAGCCAAAAUAUGUAAUUUUGUGGCAUUAGUUAGGAAACCUUAAAAAUUAUGUUUGUUAUUACUACCCAAUAUCAUUAUCCUCCCAUCCUCUUUCCAUUUCCAUUCUUCUCACCUGAAUUCUGGCAUCAUUUUUUAGUGGCCUUUAUUGAUACUAUCUUAACUACCCAGAGUAGAUAAACAUUUUAUUAAAUGUGGACAUAGCAGUAUAAAUAAUUUUAGCAGGUCCUAUAAUAGGUACCUCAAAAAAUGUAUUAUGCCAUUACACAAAUUUAAAAUUGAAUCGAAGGCAACAAUUAUUUUCUUAAGUUUCCUAUAUAAGACCUUGAAUUUUAAUUAUUGCCAUUUAGAUAUUGUACAUAGCCAAGACUCAACCCCACAUAUCAUCUCUGGUAUUCUUUAUUAAUAUGAGCAAUGAUUUUGUUUAUUACAACCACCUUAGAAAGAAUAAAAGUACUGAUUUUGUUUCUCCCCUGUCCCAUGUGUUUCUUCUCCUUCAGUGUUGUAGUUCCAGGAUCCAUUUUCUUUAGUCGAGAUGUCACAAUUUAAUAAAUAAACUUGAGAAAUUACCAUGGAGGCAAAAGAGUUGUUCACUUUUUUAAAAUUCAUUAAAUUAUAGGACUUUUACCCACAAUGCAUUUAAAUGUAGGUUCAACAGAUAACAUUUAAACAUUAAAGCGGUUUAUAAUAAGCUUGCCACCAGCUUUAUUCUGGUAGGUUUGUCAGUGUUAAAUCUCUGUUUUUUUUUUUUUUUUUCUUUAAGCUUUAAAGUCUAAUUUUAGGAUAGAUAAAUUCAGAUGGGUACCAGCGUGUGUAUUUUGCAAAAUGUUCUUCAUUAAAAAAAUUUGUUUGUAAAUUAUCCAUUGUUUUUGAGUAUGUCCAACUGAUGUGAUAAAAUUUUCAUUGUCUUAUAAAGCCUUGGUGAUCAAAAGGGGAAAGCAGAUAUUGUGAAGCUUUUUGUGAAUUUUAAAAGUGCAAAAUAAAGCAACUAGGUUUAAAUAAUUA